AUGUUCAAAUCACUAACAAAUAAUCAACUUCAAAGAUAUGGAGAUUUAGUAAGAUUAGAUAUUCCACCACCAAGAACAGAUGAUGGAGAAAAAUAUGCUUUUGUAGAAUAUAAAUAUGCUGAAAGUUGUGAAAGAGCUUUAGAUUUAGAUGGUCAAAAAUUACCAUUUACUAUAGGAACUGGAUUAGUUGUUCAAGUUGCAAGAUCAGAUCCUUAUCAAACCAGACCAAGAGGUGGAUUCAGAGGAAGAGGAGGCUAUGGUUAUGGAGGAGGUCACGGUGGUUAUGCUCCAAGAGGUGGCUAUAGAGGAGGAUACGGCGGUGGAGGUUAUGAUGAUUAUGGUUAUGGUGGUGGUAGAGGAGGCUAUAGUAGAGGAGGUUAUGGCGGAGGAAGAGGUGGUUAUGGAAGAGGUGGGUAUGGUGGUGGAUAUGAUGAAGGAUAUUCAAGAGGUGGUUUCAGAGGUGGUAGUAGAGGAGGAUAUGGAGAUUAUAGAGGAAGUCGUGGUGGAAGUGAAGGAGGAUAUAGAUCAGGAGCUGGUAGGGAGAGAAGUUCAUAUGAAGGUAGAGGUGACUAUCGUAGAGAAAGCAGAGGAGAAGAAAGAGGUAGAUACAGUAGAUCACCAUCAAGAGAAAGAUCACCAGGAUUCUAA